AUGUGCUCUCGGGGGGUGGGAAAGACCACGGAGCAAGGGGGACGCAGCUGCAGAGCUGGGGAGAGGGAGAGAAUUCGAGGGAGAGUCCGGGCAGUAAUUGGUCAGCUGGAAGGAAUCUUACGGGAUCUCAAGGAAGUGGCCAAAGAACUGAGAGAGGUGGUGGAGCAAAUAGACAGACUUACUUCGGACUUUGAGUUUGAGCUGGACACCGAUGACUGGACCCCAGGAACUGUUAGUAGCACAUCAAGCAGUGAAAAAGGUGGUCCUCUCUGUGACCUGGGACCCCUGGAUUUCCUGAGUUCAGACAGCUGGGAAUUCUGUUCGUUUCUAGAAGCCUCCACUCCUUCUGACUCUGGAGAUGGCUCAGACCGUCCUUCUGACUUUAGGCUACUUAAUGGUGGGGCUACACCCAAUGGUCCCGAUUGCUCUAGUGAAGAAACUCCUGUCCCUCCACAGAAGCCCCUACCAACAAGGACCCCUGGCUCCAGAGACCGAGUAAGGUUCAGUGAUAAAGUUCUGUACCAUGCACUUUGUUGUGAUGACAGUGAAGAUCCCCCAUAUGGCCAAGACACUCCUAGAGAAUCUCCUCGGCCUGCUGUACCUUGUAAUGUUAUACGGAGCAGUAAAGGAGGAAUGACUGGAGCCAAGAGGAGCACAAGGAACUGUAGCACCCAGACUGUGUGUGACAAGAGCACCCAGACUGUGCUACCAUAUGUGCCAAAAAAGGAGCAGCGCUGA